AUGAGCACGAUAAAUGAACUGCUAAACUAUUUUGGUGGUGAAGAUCCAGAACAAAAUGAAAUCAAUGAAACUGAUGAAAAAGAAAAGAGAGAAAAAGUCACAGUAAAACGAUACUUUCCAGGAAAGAAACCUCACUAUGCCAAAGAGUCUGAAGAUGAAGAUCUCAUCGAUGACGAAGAAGAAAAUGAAGAAGAUAAAAAUCCGUUAUUUACAAAUGAUUUAAAAAAAAAUAAAAACAACGAUCCUCAACAUGUUGAAAUACCCACAGGGGUCCAUAUACGCAACGAUGAAACCAAAAGGAGAUAUGAAAGACUAAGAAAUAUAAAGAAUGAUACAAAACAGAGAGCUGAGCGAAGGACCCGGGAAGUUACCGUUAUCAGCCAUGUUGACGAAAAAAAGGAAGAGGAGAAGGAAGAAGUAGAAGAAGUAGAGGAAGUAGAAGAGGAAGAAGUAGAAGAAGUAGAGGAAGUAGAAGAGGACGAAGCGGAAGAAGCAGAGGAGGAAGAGGAAGAGGAAGAAGAGGACGAUGAUGAGGACGAGGAUGAUGACUACUUAGAAAGCGACAGUGAUAAUAGUGACAUUGUCAUAAAACAUGAGUUUGUUUCUAAAAAGGGAAGAAAAACACUUUUAGAAAAUGUGGAGAAAGAAGAAAAAGAAAAAAAGAAAUUGGAAAAUAUAAAUUCAGAAAAAGAAUUAAUAAAUAUAGAAAAAAAAGAAAAUGUUAUAAAAGAAACAUUAAAUGCAGAGAUAAUGGAAGAAAUGCUAAAAAAUAAAAAAAAUAAUUUUUUUUCCUCUGAAGAAGAUUUUGAAGAUGAUGAAAAAGAUGAAGAACUAAAUGAAAAAGAAUAUGAGUUAUGGAAAGUUAGACAUUUUGAAAGAUUAAAAAGAGAUGAACUAGAAAGAAAAAAACAUGAAAUAUUACAAGAAGAAAUUAAAGAAAGAAGAAAAAUGACAGAUAAAGAAAUAAUAGAACAAAAUAAACAUUUACCACAUAAAGCUAAUAAUAAAAAAAAAAAAAAAAUGUUAUUUAUGCAAAAAUAUUAUCAUAGAGGAGGGUUUUAUCAAGAUCUAUUUGAAGAAGGUAAAGAAGAAAUUUAUAGAAGAGAUUAUAAUGAACCUACAUAUGAAGAUAGAAUUGAUAAAGAGAAGUUACCAAAAGUUUUACAAGUACGAAGAGGAAACUUUGGAAAACAAGGACAAACAAAAUAUACACACUUGUUAGACAAUGAUACUUCAAAAAAAGAUUCUCUAUGGAAUAAUCCACAGUUUAAUUCGAAGAAUAAUAAGAAAAAGCAUGAUGAGUUUGAUCGCCCAACAUACAAAAAAAGAUAG